AUGCCACCCCUAAUCCUCGCCAUAAACGCCGGCUCCUCCAGCGUCAAAGUAACCCUCUACGACUCCUCCACCCUCACAUCUACAAACACCCCAAAGUCUAUCGCCCAAUGCACCAUCGACGGCCUGACCGCCCCGCCCGCAACCCUCAAGUACCACCACCACCAGUCCGAAAAGCCCAUCUCGCGCGAGGUCGAGGGCGUCACCACACAGGAGGACGCUUUCAAGGCCAUCAUGCAGCAGCUGGAGCAGGACGAGGGGCUGGUGGAGGUUGGGAGCAAGGCGGAUUAUGCGUAUGUGUGUCAUCGGGUUGUGCAUGGGGGCGAGUUUGCGGAUGCGCAGGUUGUGGACGAGGAGACGGUGCAGCGGAUUGAGCGGUUGAGUGAUUUGGCGCCGCUCCACAACACCCCCGCCCUCACCCUAAUCCGCACCUGCACAACCCUCCUCCCGCCAAAAACCCGCCAAAUCGCCUUCUUCGACACAACCUUCCACACCACCCUCCCCCGCGCCAUCACCACCUACCCCAUAAACCGCACCAUCGCCCACACCAACGCCCUCCGCAAGUACGGCUUCCACGGCCUCUCCUACGCCUCCAUCCUGCGCCUCACAUCCAGCCACCUGAACCUCUCCCCGGCAGCCACAAACAUCAUCGCCUUGCAUCUCGGCUCCGGCGCGUCGGCAUGUGCGAUCCGUGGCGGGAAGAGCGUGGACACGAGUAUGGGGCUGACGCCUGCUUCGGGUUUGCCUGGUGCGACGAGGGCAGGCAGUGUGGAUCCGAGCUUGGUGUUUCAUUAUACGCAUCGGGCGGGCCGGAUGAGUCGGAGUAGUGCGCGGGAUAUGCAUGUUACGUAUGCGGAGGAGGUGCUGAAUAAGGAGAGUGGGUGGGCGGCGCUGGCAGGGACGACGGAUUUUGGGGUGAUUAGUGCGCGGGCUAUGGCUGAUGGUGGUGAUGGUAAGGGGGAUGAGGGGGCGCGGCUGGCGUUUGACGUGUUUGUGGAUCGGAUAUUGGGGUUUGUGGGCAGUUACUAUGUUGCGCUGGGCGGGCGUGUGGAUGCGCUUGUUUUUGCGGGCGGGAUUGGGGAGAAGGGGGUGGAGUUGCGGAGGGCGGUGGGUCGUGGGGUGGAGUGUUUGGGGUUUGAGAUUGAUGAGGUGCGGAAUGCCGAUGUUGGGAAUGCGGCGGUGGUGGAUAUUGGGCGGAGAACCGAGGGCGAGAAGAGAGUGCUUGUCGUGCGGACGGAUGAGCAGGGGGAGAUGGCGAGGGGUUGUUUGGAGUACAUGGAGAAAGAGGCGAAGGAGACGAAGGAGACGAAGGAGGACGUCUAGGCUCGAAUUUGCGUGUACAGAGCAGUAGACAACCAUAGUAUGUUAGUGAUUGUUCACAUACGCAUGGUCUGGCUUCAUCAGGUAUCGCUAUGGAUAUAUCAACUUUAUCCAGACAUGGUGCCUCAAGAGGGCAGCACGAUCAAAACUUGCAAAGCGUCUGCAGAACGUCCUUUGUGCUGGUCCCGGUCUCCUUGACAAGCUUGGCAAUCGUCUUGAACCUAUCGCCAAAGUCAGCAAAUUCCACAACUCACUCUCCAUUCGUCGCAGCAUACUCAGCAAUUCCCGCGUCUCCCAUGCACUCGUAGAUCCAGCUCUCACUCGUCGUUACCGUCGCACCGGCACUCCUCAGUCGCGCCAACGCAAUCGGGACUUCCUCCCUG